CCGAGGUCGCUUGUGCUCGUGCUCGGAGCUCUCCCGCGGCCCGACGGCUUCCGCGGCCCGAGGUCUCUAGUGCUCCGAGAUCUCCCGCCGUCCGAGUUCCCCCGUGGCCUCCGCCCCCACCAUGCGGCCGAUGAGCCCUGGACUACUGCUGCUGCUACUCUGUGGCCUGCGAGCUGAGAUUCAGGAAGAAGCAAUCAGAGCGAUGGUGGGCAGUGACGUCUGGCUCAGCUGCAUUUACCCCGAAGGAAACACCUUCGAUUUAAAUGACCUUUAUGUUUACUGGCAAAUCAGUGUGCCGGGCAAACAGAACACCAACUCUGUGGUGACUUACUACCUCUCGGGAAACAGCUCUGCCGGCCACGUUAACAACCACUACAAAGACCGGGCCCGGCUGUCCCUGGACGGCAUGAAGCAGGGCGACUUCUCUCUGCACCUGCACAAUGUCACUCCCCAGGACGAGCAGAAGUUCAACUGCCUGGUGUUUCGGAAAUCCUUAGAAUUAGAAAAGAUUUUGGAAGUCACGGUCACGCUAAACGUGGCAGCAAACUACAGCAUGCCGGUGGUCAGCGGCCCAUCCCAGGACGAGGAGCUGGUCUUCACGUGCACAUCCACGGAUGGCUACCCGUGGCCCAAAGUGUACUGGAUCAACAAGACGGACAACAGCCUGCUGGACGACGCCCUGCAGAACAGCACCGUGUCCCUAAACGCGCGGGGCCUGUACAACGUGGUCAGCGUCCUGCGGAUUGGGCGGAGCCCCCCCGUCGACGUGGGCUGCUGCAUUGAGAACGUGCUUCUUCACCAGAACCUGACCAGCGGCCAGACGGAAAUGUUCACGGGAACCAAGGACAGCAUCACAGAGGACCCAGUGGACGACACCCAAGAUGCGGUGAACCGGCCGGUUCUCAGCGUCCUUGCUGUGCUAGUCGUGGCCGUGGCCGUGGCCGUGGCCACGGGCUGGCUGUGCAGGCGGAGAUGUCCCUACAGAAGCUACGCAGGUGCCCAGGCUGCGAGGCCGGAGCUGGAGCUCACGGGUCAGUUUGCCAGGAGGGAAGGAGACCCGUGGAGGAAGCGUGGGUCCACGGGCUCGGGCGAGCUGGGCGCUCCACACUCUCAGUGCCCGCCUUUCAGCACGGGUGCUACUCGAUGACCAGGAAAUAGGCGUUUCCAGUUUCAGAGACGGUGAAAUCCCAAGCGAAGGCCUGUCCCCCUGGCCUUCCUUGGCGUGUAAGCCCGUCCUCUCGCUGACACUGUGCUAUGGGAUUUUCCAAAUGUACAGCCACGCGUACAUGUCAGCAGAGAGCCUGGGACCACAGCCCCGCUGCCCCUCCCCAGCUGCCCGGCUCAUCCUCCUGUUCUCCCUCGUCUCAGCCCCACCCCUCGGGGGCGGGGCCUCUCCAGUGAGUCCAGACCCUUUGUUCGGCACCUCACCGGCCCAGAGCAAAGGUCAGAGUGAUUCCCGCCCCAGUUUGGGAAAGUAGCCACACGCAGGGCCUUCAGUUUCGGUUUCCUACUGGCAGGUGCCUCGGGCUGCCAGGCCUUGGUGGUCAGGCCAGCGAGCUCCACGCCUGAGGCCAACGACCAUGCCCUGAGCCCCGUUUCUCCACCUGUGAGAAGGGUCGUCAGGGGAGGGUGGGCCCGAGGUGAGCACGACCCACACGGCAGUGGCCACCCACCUGUUCACCCAGGUGAUUCCGGGGCACACGGCUGCCUGGGGCUGCAGCAGAUUCCCUCCCAAGGCUGCUUUCAGACCAUGCGGGACACGGCUUGCUAAAGAAUCCGGGCCUGCUGACCCGAGAGUCCGAUGCGGCGCCCGUCUGCAGGCGUUUUCAACCCUGUUUUCACCGUCCUGGUUCCUGAGAAGAUGAGUCUCUGCUUGCAGAGAGAAUGAGCCAGCUCUGUGCUCAUGCCCCUCUCCUCUUUCCUUCCAAGAGCACGUGUGAUGAGAGCUCCCCCAGGACGUGCCACCAGUGGGGACGUCGGGUGGCAGCUCGAGAAUUGACCCGGGCAGGCUGGACAGAGGACACCAUCUGCGCCCGUAUUGGGGGCUGCACGGACACUGGGCCACCUGGCCUUGUGGGGACACGCAGGCGCCCCCUGGAAGGGCCACGCUGACCCCAGGGAGCACGUGGCGGGCACUGACCUGAUCCUGGCAGCCCUUUCAAAAGGUCGGCAACUCCUCGGGGAUACGUGUGCCCCCAAGUAGGUGGGCUGCCCACCUUCGCUGCCAAGCACAGAACAAGGAAAGCGUUGUGACGGCUCCUUUCCGCCACCAGCCCCCAGAGCCUGCGGCGCUUCUCAGCAUCCUGGACCGGACGGGCUUGAGGCCACUCUCUUCCGGGAUGACCUGCGCUAGGCCGUGUUCGCUCCAGGUUCAGGGGCCACGUGCUGGCUCUGCCGGUCAGUCUCCUGCCCCACCUCCGCCCUGAGGACCCGGCGUCUGUGCAGACGCGUCCUGAAGCACUGAGCGGGCGGCACCAGACAAAGCCCUGGAACUCAUGUCCCUCCAGAACACUCCCUGGGAGGAAAACCCGACCUCAUUUGUUGGUCAAAAGCUAGGUUUCCCUCCUCAAAAACACAAUGAAAAAACAAAAACAGUGGAGUUUUGGGAGAAGGUCUGUGCUGGGCGGUGCAGCUGGGCGUGGUGGCCCGGGGUUCCGCUGCGGGGGACAGGCAGGCAGGGCUGGGACACACAUCUCCAGAAGACACCAGCAUGGACAGGUGACCGUCACAGUCCUUCAAACUGGGGCCGUGAGUGGACGGUGGGCGGCCUUCCGGCCGCGUGGUCGCCUUUCUUCAAACGCAGGAGCAGUUCCCUCGAAUCCUGCUGGGCAGCCC